AUGUCAAAUGAAACAGCGUCUAUGAGAGAACUACAACACAACCGACAACUCAUUAUGCAAGCUCUAAAUAAGAACACAACAAACUUUUCAAACUAUUCUAAGAUAUCUGAGUCAUUGAAAGAAGGAAACUUAAAACUGACAUUAAACCCAAUGACAGAUGAGUUUCUGUUUCAAGACAGUAAGAACCAUACUGUCUGUAUAAAUCCAACAAAAGGAACUUUAAACGAGAAACCUAUAAAUGAACUUCUUUUGAAAGCAGAUGUUGACAACAAAGCUGACAAAGAAUAUGUAGAUGCAACAAAAGAAUAUAUUUGCGCAUGGACAGAAAGAACAUACCCACAAAAACAUCAUACACAUAACAUCUAUGACGUAGAUGAACUUCAAGAAAAGUUAGAUGACAAAGCGGAUAAGAACCAUACACAUAAAUCCUUCACUACUGUUAGAGCAGACGACAUAAUAUUGAACUUUGACCUUGGUUCAAGUGCACCAUUAGAAAAUCCAAGUACAAGCGUAAAAGAUACUCUUAACAAUUUAGAUAACAGUUGCAGGAAUAUCGAAGAUCAUGCCAGAAACUUUGAAGCAUAUGAACUACCAACAAUGUUAGAUAAGAAAGCAGACAAAACAGAGCUUCAAACAUUAAAGACAGAAAUACUUCAAACAUUAUAUCCUAUAGGUUCUAUUUAUACGUCAAUGAACUCUACCAGACCAGAAGUAGUACUUGGUUUUGGAACUUGGACUCAAAUAGUCGACAGGUUUUUGUAUUGUGCAAACUCUUCAAAGGAAACAGGUGGAAGUAAAACGAUUUCAGGUGCAAAUUUACCUGCACACAGUCACUACAUAAAUUUAAGUACAUCUCAAGAAGGUGGGCAUAGGCAUAAAUAUUGGGAUUGGUCAGGAAUGACAAAAGGUAAAGGAUAUGAUGUUAAAGACAACGUUCAGUUUGCUAUAAAUUGUUACUGGAGUAACACUGAGGGAGGAGGAAACCAUACACAUCGCGUUUCAGGAUAUACACAAACAACGGGACAAAGUAAAGACUACAUGCCACCUUACAUGACUGUAUUCGCAUGUAUAGAAUGCUUAG